AUGCGGGUCAAGCGCUGCAACAUUACGAGCAAUGUCCUAUCAACACACCAGUUUACUCUACCUGAUGACGAUGGAGACUUGUUUUCUUUUGUGGCCGAUGAUGAUCCCAUGUCUAUGGAUGAUGUUCUGGGCGAUGAUGAGACCUUGCCUCAAAGGUGCAGGUGGAUGCCUGCGCGAUGUGUGUGUGGGGAAUGUUGUGCUCGUGCCCAAUUUCGAUGUCUGGAUUGCGACAAUGUGCAGUUGUACUGUCGCGGAUGCACUGUGGCGAAUCACUUGCGGUCUCCUACCCAUCAAAUACAGGCUGUGUCAUUGAAGCAUCUCAGCCUUUGUGUCCAGCUUGGGCAUCCUGUCGGCCAACAUUGCAUUCUCCCUCGACAGCCAUUUAAUGGAGAGUUUGUGCUAAUAGACACAAACAGAAUCCAUGAGAUUGGGUUGGAUUUCUGUGGUUGUGAAACUUCAAACUCACAUGUCAGGCAGCUUCUUCGCCAUGGAUGGUUCCCAUCAACGUCAACUGAUCCGAGGACUGGAGCUAUGUUUCGACUGUUGCGUCACUUCCAACUUUUAUCAUUCAAGUCGAAGGCGUCCGCCUAUGAGUUCUACCACUCACUAGUUCAUCUGACGGAUAAUACGGGUUUUACAAAACACAAGGACCGUUACAAUGCGUUCUUGCAAAUGGUUUGCAAGUGGCGACAUCUCAAGAUGUUGAAACACUUCGGUCGUGGACAUGAAGUGAGCGGCGUUAAUGGCACAUCACAAGGCAAAUGUGUUGUUGUCUGUCCAGCUUGUCCACAGCCUGGUAAGAAUUUGCACGAUGGCUGGGCACUUGCAAUGAAAGCCAACCAGUGGUUGUAUGCCAUAUUUUUGGCCAUUGAUGCCAACUUUUGUUUCAAACGACGCAAUGUAUUGAGUGACGAGGCAGAUCCCAGUCUGUCUAUGGGGUGGUCAUAUUUUGUGGAGGAGAGCGACUACAAGUCUUAUCUAGCCCAACAUCUUGGAGAAGCACAAGAGAAAAGCACAUGCUCCAGUCACAAUGCAGUGAAUAUGGCCAAUACUAAAUUGUCGCAGGGACUGGCUGCUACCGGUGUUGGGACGAUAGACUGCGCAUGUCACUACAUGAAGCAUGCUAAUGUAGUCGGUGAUCUACAGAAGGGUGAGAAGUAUAUCAAUAUGGAUUACCUUUUCUUCUCUAGCUUGUGCGACAAUUCAGUCAAAAUGAUGAAUGUGUCCUACGAUAUUGCAUGUCAAUGGCAUAAACACCUCUGGUCACGCAUGGAAUCCCUCCCUCAUUCACGCCAUUUAGAUCACCUUUCAAAAGUCAUCUGCUUCUUUGUGCCAAAGUUUCACCUUCCUGCGCACAUCGCAAAGUGCCAGACAAUAUUCUUGUUCAACUUCACUCACUUUGUUGGCCGCAUGGAUGGCGAAGCCCCAGAAAGAGGAUGGUCAAAUAUCAAUCCUGUCACUGCGAACACGUUGGACGAUUAUUUUGGUGACUGGAACUGGAAGAAGGUGGUAGGGUUGGGUGCAUCUCUCCUUUGCAAGAUGAAAGAUGCUCACAUUGAAAAGGCUGAGCACCAGGCUGUUUUUGAGGAAUUCAAUGCCGUGAUUACUCCUGAACAUCGCACAGGAUGGCUGAGUGAAAUGGAGGGUUGGAAAGAGAAUCCUAAUGACACAACAUUACCCAAUCCAUUCGAAACCAAAGCUAUUGCAAUCACACAGGCGGGGGCACGACUAAAACUAGCCGAGCUGGAAGCCAAAGAGCUAGAGUGCAGGACAGAUGUCUCCCUGCACCCAGAAAUAUCACCUAGUGUAUUUAUUGCAUCUGGUCUAGAUCUUGAAGAUGAACAAUGUUGUCUUGCUUCUCUGAUUGAAUCUACAGGUCCUCACGCCACCGAUACACAACGGGGCGCCCUCAUUCGGAAGCGCAACUCACUCCUGUGUAAAAUCAAGACGUGGCAGGGUGUUCAGGUCCUUUACAUGCCUGCAGUACAGACAAGGUUGUUGUUUCCACAGUGCAAAGAUCAGAAGACCGCUGAAUAUAUUAAACUGUGGCUACCUUCACAGCUACAGAACAAACCCUGUGAUCAGCACCUCCAGAAUGACGAGUGGGAGCUAUGGUAUGCACAAGCCCAUGACACUCUCGAAGAACUCCGUCAGUGUCUUUGGAUACACUGCUCGCUUCUGACAUUCAAGCAUGAGUGGAUGUGUGGUCAAGGUGCUAAUACACGAGGCCAGAACGCCCUCGCUCGUGUGCAUGCCCAGCGCACUAUGAGUGUCAGUCACUACAGAUCAGCUUGGACAGUGCUAAGGUCUCUGGCCAUGCUGUUGAAGAAGAAGGACUGGCAUGGAAAGUUGCAGGAGCUGGCGGAUGACCAUAUCAAGCCCCUCGUGGAUCCCUUUGGGGUUGGAGAAGGACAACAUCAGGUUUUGUGGAUUUGGAUGAUGGAGGGCAUUGAUUGUAACAGCGAUGAGAGUACUGAUGAUGGUGUGCGCAUUGAAUGGUGCAAGAGCCAAGAGGUUGAAUUUUUGAUGGAGGAAAUGGGGAGAGUCGUACGAUUUUUCGAGUGGGAGGUACAGUGA